UUGUAUGUUACACGUGUGUAAAAUUGCCUUUUUUAUUCAUGGGAAUUGACAAGUUUUCCAUUCAUCAAAAAAGGAUCAUUUUACACACUUGUUACAUAAAUAACUAUAAUGAUAUUAUAAGAUAUUCUAAGAAUAUUCAAAAUUUGGAAAGAUAUAGUUUAACAUGUUACAUUCGACACAUACAUAAGAUUUCUUCAUUAGUAGAACAUGGAACCUCAACCGCUCUACGGCCGCAAGCGGUCGCCAGGGUGGGCCAAGCGGUCAACUUGGCGGUCGAGCGGUUCGUUACCGUCGGCGAAACAAUUGCGGAUGACUACCAGGAAAUUCGACAGGGCAUGUAUGAAGCUUGUAAAGAAGCGAGACAAGCCGGUGGAGCGAUUGAACAUAUUUGUGAGGAACAAAGUAGCGAAGAGAUGACCUUUGACCGAAGCCUUUUAAUUCGCGCUGCCAAAUGCCUUUUAUCCGCCAUCACCAGAGUAUUACUUCUCGCUGAUAUUGUAGUAGUUAAGCAACUCCUUUUAGCAAAAGAUAAGGUAUCUCAUAGUUUAGACCGUUUAGAAUCCGUAAGCAACUUUACGGAGUUCGUGAAGGCCUUUAGCCAAUUCGGGGCUGAGAUGGUGGAGCUGGCCCAUUUGACGGGAGACAGACAAAACGACCUUAAGGACGAGAGGCGCAGGGCUCAAAUGGCUGCUGCACGACAAGUUCUGGAAAGAUCCACCAUGAUGUUACUUACUGCCAGUAAGACGAGCUUGAGACACCCGGAAAACAGCUCGGCCAAAGAAAACCGAGACACGGUGUUCUGUCAAAUGCGAAGGGCCAUGGACCUCAUCCAUUACGUUGUGAAGGACGGCGUAUUAAACAAUUGCGAGUCGAGCCUUCAGUCUCAACGUGAGGAACUUGAAAACGACAGGGGGACAGCUUACGCCUGUAUGCGACACCUUCAAAAGUUACUCGAACAUAGUAAAGUUAGCUUGGAUAACAUAUUGCACACGUUAGGCAUUGUUGAGAUAGAUGCCUCAUGUCAAGAUACCUUACCAGUAGCCUUAGAAGCAGUACUAGAAAGAACUCAGGAUUUCACUGACAGUGCCUAUACUAGCCAUGAACAUAGAGAGGCUAUUUUAGAGGCUAGUGAACGCCUUAAAGCCGAAAUGGACCAUUUAUUAGGAUUAUAUGCAAAUGUGGUACAAAUGGGUUUUGAAGCAGUAGCGAACUCACCGGAAAUUGAAGAAUCCGUGCAGGCGUGUAUCAAUUCCGCGAGGGAUUUAUCGCGCCAUCUAGCGAAUGCAGGCAUAAAUCAGGCGCAGGAUUUGAAUACUGCGACGAAACGAGGUCUGGAAAUGGUGGCGGCGAUCAGGCAGCAGGCGAUGAACGGGGAUAUCGAUCGGUUGCAUCAUACGUCCGAUGAGUUUCAGGAGUCUAUUGAUCAUAUUUUGGAGGUUUGUAAGCUCCUACGUCACGUAGCAGUCUCAGAAACCCUUCAGGUGUCGGCCAAAUUCACCGAGAUAAACCUGAGAGUUUACGGUCCCCAAGUCGUCACAGCAGCAAAAACCGUUUCCGUAUAUCCGAGUAGUAAAAUAGCGCAGGAAAACCUGGAAGUGUUCGCCGAGAUGUACCAGUGGCUCGUGUCCGAUGUCACCACCAUAGUGAAGGAUGUGCUGGAGGCGAGCCAAGCGAAACCGGAGAAACAAGUCUAUAUGUCUUUGCCAAGACCCGGGAAACAUGGUACGACCUCAAAACCUCUUAAGGCUGUGAGACUGGAUACGGAAGAACAAGAAAAAAUUGCAAAAUCUGGUCUGGAAAUGAAGUUGGCUACCAGCGAAAUGGACGCGGAAACUGAUAAAUGGCAGGAGAAUAACAGUGCCCAAAUGGAUGAAAACAAUGAUAUUGUAAAAAGGGCAAAAAACAUGUCUUCCAUGGCUUUUUCAAUGUACCAGUUCACCAAGGGAGAAGGCCCCCUAAAAACCACCCAAGAUCUGUUCACCCAAGCGGAAUACUUUGCCGAAGAAGCUAAUCGACUUUAUAAAGUUAUAAGGCAGUUCAGUUAUCAGGUUCCCGGAGGGGCCCAAAAGAAGGACCUCCUGGAAAACCUUGACAAGGUGCCCACUUUCGUGCAAAGGUUACAGUUUACCGUGAAAGAUCAUACGGUGGGUAAAGCAGCGACCUUCACGAAAGUCGAUAACGUCAUUCAGGAAACUAAGAAUCUUAUGAAUGUGAUUUCGAAAGUGGUAACUGUUUGUUUUGAGUGCGCCACCAAGUACAAACUGGAGUUCAGAGGAUGCGGAAGCGGUGCAGGACGAGGAAUGGGCGGCGAGGGCGGCUCCUCCAGCGGUGGGGCGGCAAGCGGAGACUCCAAGGGCGGCACCGCCACCGGUUCCGACCAGAGCUUAUGACAAAUGGGGAUGUCCCGGCGCAACAAGGGAGACUCGAGACGUACUCGGGUCUCCUUUUUGUUGUUCUAGGACAACUUUUAUCCCUUUUCUUCACCCCAAAACCAAAAGAGAACGUUUUUUUUGUUAUUUAUUAUUUAUCAUAAAGGUUGAGCACUGGAAAGAGAUAAGACAUAAGGAAUUUUUGGCAAGUUUCUACUUAUUAUGUAACAAGCUAUUUUUUUGUCAUCUCUUUCCGUGUGAAUUAUUUCUUGUGGCCUCAGGUUGUAAGCAUGCUUAAUUUUUUUAGUGAAUGUAGGUAAAUAAAAAAUUACUUCAUACGAUUGAUUUAUAUAUUUGGUUGACGUUUCGAUCAAUCUCGACAGGAUUCUAAAAAAUAUACAAAAAUACAUUUCAAUAAAAUCAUACAUUCUGGCAUAGUUACAAAGAUGACAUUUUUGCAGAAAGGUAAAGUUUUUUUUAGUCCAAUUUAACUAUUUCGCAAAAAAUUAAGUCUAGAAAAAAGAUUAGUAAGAUGUAAGUCACAACUAAAAUAAGGAAAAAUAGAUAUAUCCUAUUUGAAAAAAUACCUAAUUAUCAUAAAUAAAAAACGGGACGUUGACAAUCCAAGUCAUGAUUAUUUGAACUUAACUAGAAACAUAAAAAACAAAAAAACUAAGAACACCUUGUACAUAGCGUAAUAUGUGAGUGCCAGGUAUAUAAAUCCUAACAAUUAAUAGCUGAUCAAAUUGCUUUUUUUUCUCUAUAAAGAAUAAAUUAGAAGAUUAGCUACUUGAGAAGCGAUUGUAUCACAGCUUUUGUAGAAAUUUAUGUUCCAAGGCAGAUGAUUAAAAAAAAUAAAAAAACUAUAGACUCCAUAAAUCAUUCCAUAAAUCUUUGUGCUUUUUACGAUUAUUAUUUUUAACAAAGGCGAUCUAUAAUAUAUGUAAGUCUAUGUGCAGCUUUUAUUUUUGAUAGAAUGUUUCUCAUAUUAUCUAUUGUAUCCUUUUGGUUCUCCAAUUUAACAAGUUCAGAAAUUGUGUCAAAUGCUAGUUUUUUAUAUUUUAGCUGUGAUUUUUGCAUCUUAAUAAUUCUUUGAAACAUCUAAUAGUUUGCCAAAUAUUUAGACUGAAGAAAUUUCACUUUUAAUGUAUGAUUUUAUUUCUGUUUUCGUGUAUGUUCUAGAGAUCGAAAUGUCGACCAAAAUAUAUUAACCGAUCGUCUGAAGUAGUUUCUUUUUACAUAUAUCCAACAAAAAAAAUUAAGCAAAAAUCUUUUUACAUGCCAAUUUGUUUAUGGGUUAUUAAUAUGGUCGUCUUUAUUUGAAAAUUUGUCCAAAUUAGCUGGACCCGAACACCACAUACAAGGCUGUCAAAAACGUAACAUCGGCCUACGUACUAUGAUAAAUUUGUCAAGAAAAAUAAAAAAAUUAUUGUUACAGUAGUGGCUUUAAAUGACCGCUUAAAACCGAGUUCCGAAUUUUGUGCCAAAAGUACUACUGCGACCGGGUGUGUUUAGUCCGGUUUUACCUACUUACUACACUUGAUACAAUAAAUAAAUAAAUAAAUAAAUAAAUGUUCCUACAUGUUCCAACUUAACGCAUAUUAGGGUAAUAUUAGGACUAAACAUGCCAUACAGGGUGACUUAAAAGAGCAUGUUAGAAGUAUCUUUUCAGGCCACCCUGUAUACUUCCGAGCUUUGAGUAAUUAAUGGUAAGUAUACAUAAUAAAUAGGUAAACAAACAAUCAUGUAUGACUGCAUUAAUUAUUACACCAAUCACCUCGAUGCGUAGCAUUUAGUUUGUAGGUUAUGUUAUAAAAAAUAUAAUAUACAUUUAGGUCUAUUUUCGUAACAUGGGAAAUGUACCAUAAGGAAUAUUUAAUUGUAUUGACUAGCAUGUACAGUAGAUUAAAUAAAUUUCAUAAUAAAAAAAUGGGGUAAUUUUGGGUUUUUUUGACAAUACAACCGCCGUAAAAGUUCAACACUCUGUACAUGUUGGUGUAAGUAUUUUAUAUUUAACACGAUCUCAUUAAUUUGUUAUUUAAAAAAAUACAGAGUUAAAUGGUUUUGAUGUGGGAUUUUGAAACUCAUUGGAACUCAAGUUGUUAUAGGUGGCCCAAAUUCGACCCUCAUCAUUGGGAUCUCGGAAACCGUAAGAGAUACGAGGUCGGUUAUAAUAUGACAAAGUUGCUAAAUUUGGUACUUAACAAAAUGCGUUUUAAAAUAUAAAAAAAUUUAAAUAGUUCGGAAGAUGUCCGGAAAAAAACCGAAAUCUGAAAAAUCUUUUUUAUUUUUUUAUGACGUUAUUUAAAAUCGUAUAAUAAAAUAAAUAACACUUUGUUAGGGGCAGUUUUUCUCCUCUACAAGAUGGCGUUUUCAGAAUUAAAAUACGACGUUUCGUUUUUGAUAAUACCAUAAUUAAUUUUUUUUAUACGAUUUUAAAUAACGUCAUAAAAAAAUCAAACAGAUUUUUCCAGAUUUCGGUUUUUUUUCGGAUAUCUUCCGAACUAUUUAAAUUUUUUUAAAUUUUAAAACGGCAUUUUGUGAAGUACCAAAUUUAGCAACUUUGCCAUAAUUUAACCGACCUUGUAUCUCUUACGGUUUCCGAGAUCCCAAUGAUGAGGGUCCAAUUUGGGACACCCUGUACAUAACUUAAAUGGACACGACUCACGUCUUUUUUUCCAAACUCUAUUUUUUCACAAUUUUCUUAUUUGUCUUUUAACGUUUUCUUGUUUCAAUUCCUUGGAAUAAUUUUUAACGAAUUUCAUAAUUCAAAGUAAUUUUAAAAUUAUUCUAGACAGUUGGAAUAAUUUUUAAAUUAUUCCAUUUAUUCUGGACAAUUGAAGUUCAUUUUUAUCUCGUUCAGGCUGUUGAAGUAAUUUCUAGGUAUUUUGAAAUUUGGUAUUUUAAAACAUUUUUUUUAAAACAAAGAUUCUUUUUUAAUAAAUAUUUAAAUUUAAAAUGUUUUAUUUUAUUGGUUUUAUGUAUUAUUUCAUGCAUAACCUAAAUAGACAGGAAUAUCUUAUAUAAUAUCACAGAUUUAAUGAGACAAAAAACUCAUAUGUCAUUUGUCUCGUUAAAUCUGUGAUAAUACUGAUUAGUUCUUCAAUUAGUGGACAAAAAACGGAUGGUUCAAUAAUUAUUCUAGUUAGUAUUUUUUUGAUGAAAGAUGCUUAUAUAUGAAUAAUUGAGUCAUAAGGUAGGAAAUUUGGCUAAAAUGUAAUAAUUUAAAUGCUAGAUCUUGAUUUUGCGGCUAACCAUGUUUAUGCCCAUUUUUUUUUGCCCAAACUUUUGGGCAACUAUAGACACAACAAAUUUUAUUGCUAUAAUUUACUUUUAAACGAUAGUAACCAUAGGCAUUUACUAAAAAUGUAACUUUAAAUAAUCACAUUUGAGCCAAAUAUUAUUUCUUGACCAAAAAAAUAUAGCUCAAUGACAGCCAUAUUGUUUUUAGUAUUGAAAUUGACUUACAUUUCUAAACUAAAACGAAAAUUAAUUAAUUCCUUGUAGGCAGUUAAGGUCAGUUUUAAUUUUCUUUUAAGGCAAUUGGGCGAAAACUAACCUCAAAAGCCUGUAUUAUUAAGUUAAUUACCAAGACAAUUAAUUUAACCAUCUGGAAAAAAAUAUUUAAUUAUUCCAGGCAGCCGAGGUACAUUUUAAGUUGUUCCAGGCCUAAAUGAAUAGAAAAGCAGUAAAGCACCUAAACUAAAACAAAAUGUGAUUAAUUCUGCCUGAAAGGAAUAGUUCAGUAAAAGGCGAUUUUUUUCCAGAACCUUAAUAUUCCUAGAAAUAAACAAUUAAGUUAAAAGCCUAAAAGAAUUUAGUUUUUUUAUUCAGGCAAUUAUUUUUUUUUAAGUUUAUUCCAAAUAAAUGAAAUAACUCCUAUGCAUUUUAGAGUUACUGCUGAUUUAUUUUUUGGCUGUAAAAUUUCUUUAAUAUUGUAAAAUUUCUAGUUACUCUAUAGCUUAAAUGCCCUCAACGCAUUUUUUUAAAUUAUUUUUAAAUAUUAUUUUAAAUAGUUAAAAUAUUGAGUUUAGUGGUUUUGUCUAGUAUUUCAUGCAUAAAGUAAAUGAACACUAAUGUUAUUUCUUAGUUUUUGAAUAUUUUAAGUCAAUCAGUAAGAUUGAUUUAAUAUGUUUAUUGAUGGGGAUUGGAAGAAACCUUUUCCGAUUUUUUUAAUAUACAGGGUGUCUAAGAUAAGGAUCCUAAGCAUGAGGAUCUCGGUACCUGUUUUAUUGCGGCGGUUAAAGUUACCAUUAUUGCUGACCAUACUUUCGUCGGACCAUAUUAUUUUUGAUGGAAAAUUAAAAUCCUCUUCACGUCUAUACCACUCACAAAAAUGCCGACGUCGUUCGACAUCCCCAGGUUUAAGUCCUUGGCAAAUUCUAAAUUUGUAGGGGUGAUAUCUGUUUUUACGUAAAAUAAACUGAGCUGUAGAUUUGGCCACUCCUACAUUUUUUUCAAUUUGCCUGGUUGAUAUCUCGGGGUUUUCAAUAACUGCUUGUAAAACAUUAUUUUGAGUUUCUUCAAGAGAAUCCUUUUUUCGAGAUAAAACAGGCUUUUUAAACGAACCAUAUUCUUUUAAAUUUCGAGCCAACUCUAAGAAAAUGGAUUUACAUGGUUGCUUUCUAUCUGGAAAUUUAUUAAGAUACAUUGCUGCUGUAUUUACAGUAUUUUUGUAGCACAAAAUGUAGCACGAUAGCAUGUCAAACUUCUCUUCAUUACUAUAAUGACCACCAGGCAUAUUUGAAGAUAAUAACACAAUUUUAGCAAUAAUAACGACAACAGUAAAUAAUAAUAACAAUAAUUACUCAACAAACAACACCUCGACAAUCACGGUAACAACAACGGCAAUUAAUAUUUAAUAAAAAAUAUGUGACAGGGUAAAAGGUACUUACGUCAAAGUGUCAAAGCAUUUGUUUCCAAAGCCUACUUAAUAAUACUAAAAAAAAAAAAGAAAAAUUAUAUUUUUCCUUUUAACUAACAAAAAAAAUGUGACAUGUGAUACAUCGUUGAAUUUGUAAUAAAAAAUGGAAUCAGAUACAGGGUGCACUUUCUUUUCGCGCCAUAUAAAAAAAUAAAGUUGAUGGUGGUUUCUCGGAAACGAAACGUCCGUUAUAAAAUUUAAAAGCGCCAUCACGUACUACUUCAAAAGUGUCAAUGAGAAAGUGUCAAUAGUUUUUUGAUAUCUUUUAAAAUAAAGCCAGGAAAAAAUAAAAUCGAUAUUGGCAAAUUUCCGUUUUUUCCAAAUAUCUCAGCAGGCCAUGGAAAUUUUUGAAGUUUCUCAAUGUCAUGUAAAUACGCUUCAAAGUGCACAACUUUUUCCUAAUAUAACCGAAGCUGUAUCUCCAACAGGUACCGAGAUCCCCAUGCUUAGGAUUCUUAUCUUGGACACCCUGUAUAAUAUAUUAUAACGAUACGAUAAUUUUAGGUUUUGUGCCUAACUUAAACAAACAUGGCUGCCUUUUUAAUUUUUUCCUAUACUUGCAGUAAUUUUUUCAAAAUUCUUCCAAGCAAUUAGAGGAAUUUGAAAAAAUGUUUGUAUUUAUUUCCAGAAUUGUAGUCUUGUUUUAUUUCUUCAAGGAAGUAACCUUUUAUUUUCUAUUUGUUAAUUUAAUUAUCUUUGCCUUUUAAAAUUUUUCCAGGCAGUUAUUUUUUUAAUUCUACCAGGCAAUUAAAGUAAUUUGAAGUAAUGUUUAUAUUUAUAUAAGGCAUUUGUUUCCAUGAUUUUAUUAUUUAAGAUAGUAUUUUUUUGUUUUUAAAUAAAUCAAUUAAACAAUAAGGAGCGAUUGUAGCAUAUCUUUUAUAAAUUUUCGUGAUAUUAUGCAUAA